AUGGACGAGAAAGGGACGGGAGGGGACGAGCCUGUGGACCUCCGGUGCUCCGAGCCGUCGGAGCUGCUCUCAUUAAUAAUAAGCGGAGAAGAGGAAGCGACGCAAGAAGAGAGCGACCUGGGAGAUGAAGACAAUCUUGCCAAUGGCCACGGUGGGAUGGAAUCAGACUCGGUCGCGUCGGGAGGGACCAGCUACUGGAACAUCACAGAAGGCCCUGACCACCCUCUCCUCCUCUCUCCUGCACCAGGGCCCUCUGGACGCAAGCCCCGGGUCCAGAGGGCGUCGCGUCCAGGUCUGAGCCGGAUUCCCGGCCGCGACCACCGGCGCUACUACCACGAGUACUGGCGCAGUGAGUACUUGAUGGACUUUGACCCCCAGAGGCACGGCAUGAUCUGCAUGGUGUGCGGCAGCUCGCUGGCCACGCUGAAGCUCAGCACCAUCAAGAGGCACAUCCGCCAGAAGCACCCGGACUCCCUGCUGUGGAGCGCCGCCGACAAGGAGGUGAUCCGCUCCGGGUGGGAGAGCCACCUGAGCCUGGAGGGGGGUCAGAGGGCGGUUCCGGGGCCUUCCCUCCAGCCGGGGGACGAGUCUCCGCCGUUGAGCCAACACACCGCUGCAGAAUCUCCAGGCCACGUGACGCCCCCCGAGCAGCCCGAGCAACCUCUGGCUUCGUCUCCACACUCGGAGAUGGCCGAAACCCUCCAACCCCCGGAGCCGGAGCGGGAGCAGGAGCAGGAAGUCCCCGGGCCGUCGGCGCAGACCCUGGAGCGCUACCUGAACGACUCGCUGCACGCCUGGUUCCGCCAGGAGUUCCUGAUGGAGUACGAGGCCGAGGCCAGCCGGCUGCUCUGCAUGGUGUGCGGGGCCGAGCUGCCCUCGCUCCAUCUGGAUCACAUCAAGAGCCACGUGCUGGACACCCACCCCAACUCCCUGGUGUACAGCUCUGAGGAGAAACACUGCAUCCUGCAGGCCUGGGCACAGACUCACGAGGAGUCGGAACACUCAAUCAAAUCAGAGCCCAAGACCAAAGGAAAAGGGAUCGAAAGCUUUGCUCAGGAUGUUGCCACCAUUCAGAUCAACACUGACAUUUACCCGCAGGCCGAUGGCACUUUAACUCAGGACAUUUGUCUUAUCGGAGAGGAUGGCGGCAUCGGCGCUCCGCAGCAGGGAUCCCAGCCUUUCCACCCGCCCAAAAAACGACGCCUGCGCGUGGGGGACCCGUGGAGGCUCCGCCUGGACUACCUGGUGGCCUACGGGCCCCAGGGCCAGGGCACCUUCUGCAUGGUGUGUUCCCAAGUCCUGCAGGAGACCAAGGUCAGCAGCUUUCGCCGCCACAUCCAGGAAUGCCACCCGGAGACGACCACCCUGAGCCGCAACGAAAGGGAAGCCAUGGCUGCUGCCUGGACCAAAGAAUAUCCCAGCGAUGGCACGCAGAUAAAAGAGGAAACCAACGCAGUGGACGCUAACGUGCUCAGCAGUCCAGAAGAAGCCAAUCAGGACACCUCCCCCGACGUCCAGGUGUCCACCAAGAGCGAGGAGAAGAGCCAACCCCAGGACCCCGGCGCCGCCGCGCCCCCCCGCCUGGGCCACUACCCGGGGAAAGACCAGCGGAGGAACUACCAGGUGCGCUGGCGGCUGGACUACCUGAUGGACUACGACUGCCGGCGCCACGGCCUGAUCUGCAUGGUGUGCGGCGCCACGCUGGCCACGCUGAAGGUCAGCACCAUCAAGAGGCACAUCCAGCAGGUGCACCCCCACUCGCUGGCCUACAGCGCCCAGGAGAAGCAGCAGGCCCUGCUGGGCUACGGCCAGAGCGCGCUGACCUUCGUCCACUCCGACGACUGCUUCCCCUCCCAGGACCACGGACACGCCCCCCCGGCCCCCCCCCCGCCGCCCCCCAGCAGCUAGAGAGGGCCCGCGCUCCGUUCUUCUCCUCGGAAAGGGUUUUUGCUCACAAACGGACCCCUCCGUCUUUCCAAUCAGACCAUUCAAGUUUUGAUCAGGCAGCGUUCUGUGUCCUAACACUCAUAAAAAGUGCCGGUUGAAAUAUUGUUACUAUGAUGGGGUGUCAGAAUGAAUUUGAAUUCAGCAGAAAGAGCUAUGUAGGCAAAUACUAGACUUUUCCCCUUUGACGUGGCUAAAUCUGUCAAAAAAGUAUGAAAAAAGAAAAGCCUAAAAAAUAUUGAUCGUCCAGUGACUCAUUUGAAAGCAAGACUACAUUUAGACGUAAUAUCGUGGUAUCUUUAGCUUCAUGGUGGGUGUGAAAGAGUAAGCCAUGACGAGCCCGAACAGGAAAAAGAGCACACGAAAAGGUCAUGAAUUUUUUAAAAUAGACGGAUAAAACAAGAGGGAAGUUAUUGGCCUUCUUAAAUGUUUUAUGAGCGCCAUGAAUAUGCGGAAAAAAAUCUGUUUGGGAAUUGAAAGUGAUAGUUUUUACAUGAGUAAAAAUGCCCCGUGUUUGUGUUUUUCUGCCGUUUAGAUCCUGAAAGUUGAGGAAAUGAGGAGACGGUUCAAUCAUGUCUUUGAAAUACCGGAAUAAAUCUGGUAAAAUAGCGAUAACGGGAGAUGGAUCAAGCAUGAUCCAGCCAGAAUGGGAUGUGUUUAGCUGCCAGCGUAGUGUGUUUCCGCCUGCAAAAGCCCAAAUCGUGUUUCACACAGAGGCUCAAAGAAUCCAGUCUGACCAUGAAGGAAUUUUCCCCCCAAAAAAGGUGUUGUUUGCCACAAGCAAAAUGAUUUGAUCCUCAAAUCUAGAAAUAGCUAAAUGUUCACUGGAAAUAAAGUAAAAAGACAAAAAGAUAUUCCAGAUUCAAUCAAAUGUAGUUGCGUGGCAAGACCCAGAAGUUCAACUUUGUACAUUUUUUUAAAACCAACACACGGCUCAGCGCCGUUCGUAGAUUUAAGCCGGUGUUAAGUAGUUCCGCCUAAAAUUUGGUUUGUCCGGUUUGAUUGAAGCGUUCAGUGGAUUUAUUCUCCUAACAUCAAAUGAGUACCUGGACUUUAUUAGGUUUUUGAUGGCGCCAUGAAAUAUUUCUGGGGCAUGUUUGGGGUCUGUUUUUCAGGGGGGCAGGGCUUGUUUUUGGCCAGGGGUUGAGUCUUUUCUCAGGAAGUUAGAGAAAGAGAGAGAGAGUCUUGGACGGGAACAAGAUGGAUUAGUCUAACAAAACGUGUCCGAGGCUACGCAGCACUUUGUCCCCUAAAAAUGAGCUAAACCCCAACUUUCGGUGUGUACAGCCAAUUGAAUGAGACUGUGUUUGAUGUUAUUGCUGAAGACAAUGAAUGACACUGUGUAGUCAUUGAGUGAGGAUCGCUGCAGUCUAUUUAAUUCUUUGUUUACAGAGCAGGAGAGGAGACCCUCCUUGGUCAUCCAUUUAAAUGAGAUAUGUUAUCUCAGUCAGUCUAAGUUAUACACCGGCCCGCAUCCUUUUCAUCAACUCCAACCCAUUGUUCCGAACACUGCACAAAAAGAUGUAAAUGUACGAAAACUAGAACUUUUCUCCUUUGUAUGAGCACUUUUUGCAUCCUGAUUUUUACUAAAUGUUUUCUAACCAAGUCCGGUUUUUCUACUUUUUUCUUUAGCAGUUAGAAAAUGGCUUGUUUGACUUUUGAAUUCCAAGUUUGUUUCAGUUUUGGUACGGCUCUCCCCUCCCACACCUUCUCCAAUUCAUUGUAUAAUCUUAUGCAACAAAAGGAGUUGAAUAUUAAGGUCUGAUUAAACAAAAAGAAAAAAUAGAUCUGCCAUAAAAUGUCACUUCACCUGAAAAGUGUAUCUCAGGGAUUCUGUUUUCAUUGGUAAUUGUCUCUGUAAGUAUGCUGUUGAUAUUUCUAUAUAAGUGUACACAUUGGUUAUGUUUGAGCAUAAAUACCACAGAGUAAGGCCAUGGUGUGAAACCUUCAUUAAAGAUGGACAUUUUUCCAAGAAAACAAAUAUUUUCCUAAUAUUGAUAGCUUUGAUGAAAAUGUCAAAUACCAGGAAUUUUUUAAAUAGUAUUUUCUAUUGACUCAUCAUUAAGUCAGAAAAAGGUUUAGAAAGCAGGUUAUUUUAAGACUAAAUGUACAGUGAAAAAAACUGACAUCCCCUGGAAAGUCAGGAUGUUACACAUUAAAAAAAAGAAGAGCAAAAAAGCGCUAUUUUAUGUGAAAAACCCUUUUUGGUCAAAACCCGUGGCCGUUUUACUCUGUUGUAUUUAUAUGUGAAUGCAACACGCAUUUGAAGUCGUCACAUUUUUGGAUGAAGGAUGAACAAAGCCGAUGUUGUGGUAAAGUGGAAAAUAGCAUGUUUCUUAUUAUUUUUGGACCAGAGCUGGUCCCUCAUUACUCCAAGAGUUCCAACAUAGCACUUAAUCAUUUGAAUAUUUGAGGUAACAGUAAAGACUUGCCAAAGGGAGAAGUGAUGCGUUACGUGUGAGUGUUAAUUCUGUUUUUAUGUUGGGGGGGAAUCCUCCUUUCUUCAGAUUUUCUUCACUAUUCAUCUGUACAUGGCCAACAUUUGUAAUAUGGAUUCUCUACUCGGUGAUCUAUGAAUAAAUAUACAACACCACUAGGUUGUCCGGUGCCUUUAUUUCCUCACUGAAUGAUGGGUGGACACCUCUUAAAGUGUAGUUUUGAUUGAAAUUUUGUAGUUUAAUCAUGCCAUGAAUUUCUUGCACGUGCACAAAAACACACAUGCCUCUCAUACUUUGUUUUAAUAACCUGUAUACAGUUAUA